ACUGGCUAAUUUCUUCAUUUUGCACUAACUUAUGCUGUUCCCUUUUCUACACAGCUGCAACAUAAUGUUGUUUCAGUAGAGCAAUGCUUUGCAAAUUUGGCUCAAGGAGACAAUGAGCAAACAGCUUUUCAGAGAGCUGUCAGAAGGGGCAGUUUGGUUUCCGUGCAAGCAAUACUCACAUUCCAAACUGCAUUAGGGAAAAGCUGGUGGUUUGUAUGCAUUUUUAUUAUCAAUUCCAGAUUAGGAAUCUGAUGCUAAUUUCUUCUUAAAGCCUGUGCUUGCAGGAGAAUUUAUAUUCUAAAACAAAAAAGGAUUGUGACGUUUUUCUCUCACAAGCUCUUUUUUUUUUCCUGGCUUUACUCCAAGGACCUUUUCUGCUUGUUCGUUACAUUCUCAAGAUGAAGCCCCCGGUGGUUACAGCAGUGCUGGUAGUACUGGUGCAGGUUUCUCAGAGUUUCCCUGCCUUGUACCACCGAGGCUGGUGGAGGCUCUUAAAGGAAGGAGAUAGCUGCGGAAAAUGUGAUUUGGCACUUUGCUCUGAGCCAAAGGACUGCCUGGCUGGGACUGUAGUGGACCAUUGUGGCUGCUGUUCUGAAUGUGGAAAUGUGGAAGGUCAGAUCUGUGACUUGGACCAGGGCAAUCAUUUUUAUGGGCAGUGUGGGGAUAACCUCGAGUGCAGGUUGGAUGCUGAUGAAGCCAGGUUUGGGGAAGUCCCUGAACCCCAAUGUGUGUGCAAGUCUCAAGAGAGCAUCUGCGGAUCUGAUGGGAAAACCUAUGAGAACAUCUGUCAAUUCAACAAGGCUUAUGCAACUAAAAGAAAUAUCAGCAUGAAACAUAAAGGACCAUGUGAAUCAGCUCCUGUGAUUUCUAUGCCACCUCAGGAUGUCCAGAAUUUCACAGGCAACGAUGUCAUUUUUGGCUGUGAGGUGUCAGCCUAUCCUAUGCCACACCUUGAAUGGAAAAAAAAGGGGAAUAAAAUGUUACCAGGAGAUGACGCCCACAUCUCAGUACAGGCCAGAGGUGGACCUCAGAAGUACGGUGUGACAGGCUGGCUGCAGAUUCAAGGCCUCAAAAAAUCAGAUGAAGGCAUCUACAUCUGCCAUACCAAAAACAAGUAUGGUGCAACAUACGCCUCUGCGAGAUUGAAAGUCAUUGAUGGUUCAUCUUCUGCUUUUGCCUUGACUGCUGGCAGUAGAAGUGCAAGCUAUGACACUGACUAUGAGGACUACUAUGACCAUUCUGACGAUGAAGAUGAGGAAGAAUAUGAAUCUGGGGACUAUGAAAACUGAAGCAGCCCUGAAUAACUAUUUCUGUACGUGCGUUGUCAGACACCUUUCACACUGUUAUACUUACUUGUACUCCCUGUGCUGUAAAUAGCUUCUCUGAUAACACUACACUCAGUUGUGCAUCCCACCUCCCUGAAAUCCAACUUUGGCUGAAGUAUAUCAUGAUACUUACCUGAAAUAAGAACAGUUUUAAGUUCAUGCAUUUAGACUGUUAAAUAAAAUUCUUAAGCACGUA